AUGUCGUCGGCCCGCACCUCGGCACCACGGGCCGCCGACGACGAAAAGCACGCCUCCGCCCCGGGUCUGCGCUCAGAUCCGUCCGAGACGACUCUGACGCCCGGCUCCAACCCGGAUCCCGAAACCCAAUCCCCCGCUCCCGCGACAACGUCCGACCCUGGCCCCGUCCCGGACGGCGGUCUGGAGGCAUGGCUUCAGGUACUGGGCUCUUGGGUCGUUCUCGCUGCCACCUGGGGUCUCGUCAACACAUUUGGAGUGUAUCAGACCUAUUAUGAGCAGACUCUCAACGCAACGCCGUCGGCCAUCUCGUGGAUCGGGUCGCUGCAAGGGGCGUUGCUGAUGAUGGUCGGGCCCAUCUCCGGGCCUCUGUACGAUGCGGGUUACUUCAGGGAACUGCUCUGGGUUGGCCUGUUCCUCAUUCUCUUCGGCCAGUUCAUGACGUCCCUCUGCACAACAUACUGGCAAGUUCUGUUGGCGCAGGGCGUAUGUAUCGGACUAGGCUGCGGUCUGACGUUUCUCCCCUCGACCGCGAUCCUGAGCCAAUACUUCUUGAAACGCCGCUCCUUCGUCAUCGGUAUCGCGGCCACCGGAUCGCCCAUCGCCGGCAUGGUGUUCCCCAUCAUCUUCGGCAGACUGGAGCCCAAGAUCGGUUUCGGCUGGGCCACGCGCAUCAUGGGGUUCAUCCUGCUCGCCCUCUCCGUCAUCCCCGCCGUCUCGAUGCACACCCGGCUCCCGCCGUCUGGCCACAAGCGUUCCCUCGUCGACAAGACGGCCCUGCGCGAUCCGGCCUUCAUGCUCGUCAUGCUGGGCUCGUUCUGCGGGUUCCUGUCCAUGUACGUCGCCUUCUUCUACAUCCAGCUCUUCGCCAACACCCAUGACAUCGGGACGACGUCGUUCUCGGCCUACUUUGUCACGUUACUUAGCGCGGGGAGCAUCCCGGGGCGAGUGAUUCCGAACUAUCUGGCCGACAAGAUCGGGGCGCUAUACAUCCAGAUUUUCCUCGCGGCAGGCGCGGCAGUGAUGAUGUUGGCGUGGCUGGGCAUCAACAACAUGGCGGGCCUCAUCGUCUUCGCCAUCAUCUACGGGUUGUUUUCCGGCGGCAUGGUGAGCAUCGCACCGAGCGUCAUCGUGAGUUUGUCUCCGGACUUGGGCCGCGUGGGCACGCGCAUGGGCAUGAUGUUCUUCACGUCGAGCAUUUCUAUCCUUGUCGGCACGCCAAUCGCUGGAGCGAUUCUGGGGGAAUACAGCGAACAUGAGUGGCAGGCUAUGAUUGGAUACGGAGCUGCGGCAUUGACUGCAGGAUCUAUCUGCUACACUUUGGCCAAGAUCUUCCAGUUGAAAGGAGAGCGAGAGCUCAAGGCGUGA